AUGGCCAGCACCGUGUGUACAGCUGCGUCAUCUACAGCUGUGUCAUCUACAGCUGCGUCAUCUACAGCUGUGUCAUCUACAGCUGUGUCAUCUACAGCUGCGUCGUCUACAGCUGUGUCAUCUACAGCUGCGUCGUCUACAGCUGUGUCAUCUACAGCUGUGUCAUCUACAGCUGUGUCAUCUACAGCUGUGUCAUCUACAGCUGUGUCAUCUACAGCUGUGUCAUCUACAGCUGCGUCGUCUACAGCUGUGUCAUCUACAGCUGCGUCGUCUACAGCUGUGUCAUCUACAGCUGUGUCAUCUACAGCUGCGUCAUCUACAGCUGUGUCACCUACAGCUGUGUCAUCUACAGCUGUGUCAUCUACAGCUGCGUCAUCUACAGCUGUGUCAUCUACAGCUGUGUCAUCUACAGCUGUGUCACCUACAGCUGUGUCACCUACAGCUGUGUCAUCUACAGCUGUGUCAUCUCUAAUGGCCUUUAUCUCCCCCACUCACACACCUAUACAGUGGUGA